GGUUUCCUGCAAAUGGCCGCGAAUCAAAGUGAAGAUCUAUCAGAUCAGCUUGAACGUUUCUCGCUCUCAGAAAGGGAAGCAGAGCUUAUUGACAUAGCUCAGACGGAUAUAAAAUUAAGCGCAGAAGAAUGCAGCCGGAGUCUAUUUGGGAAAAUAAUCGGAGACAGAGCAGCCAGCUGGAUUGGUGUCAAAAGAACUAUGUCUAACAUCUGGAGGCUAUCGCAGCCAAUGGAGAUAAAGGAAUUAAGUCCGAAUUUCUUCCAAUUUAUUUUCCAGAACAAAGAGGAUGUUCAGAAGGUUGCCAAUGGUAUUAACUGGAGCUUUGAGAACCAGUACUUAGUACUCAAAGAAUGGAGAUCAGGUAUUUCUAGUAAACACCCCUGUUUCAAUGAACUCAACAUUUGGGUUCAAGUCAACAAUGUACCAUUAAACUGGUUGAGUACUGAGGUAGGCCUAAAAAUUGGCAAAGUAUUUAAACAUGUCAAAAAUGUUGUCCUGGCUAAUUCUGGGAAUCAUGGAGGAAAAUUUCUCAGAUUGUUAGUUACUCUGAACCUGGAAGAACCUCUGCCAAGAUUGGCUUGUAUCAGACUCGGAGAAGAGGUAACUAAGGUAGGAUUCAAAUACGAGAAGCUCCUUAAUCUGUGUCAUUACUGUGGAUUGAUUGGGCAUCUGGACAGAAGUUGUUCAAAGAGAAUCUCAGAUAUUACCAACAACACUCUCAAGGAAGGGCAGUACGGAGGUUUUCUGAAAGUAUCUGAAGGCCAAAAGUGGUUUGAUAAUAAUCAUUCAUCCUCAAGAGGAUCUCCACAACAACCAGAAUCUCCCUCUGACAAUGCUCAAAGAGCCACACCAACUACAGACUCCCAACAGGCAGAGACAAACCAACAACUCAUUAAUGUUGAAGACACUUUUCUAUCUAAAUCUGCAGAAGGAGCACAGCACUCUGGAGCCUCAUCCUCACAAUAUCCUAUCCAGCAAAAUACCUCGACUGAUUUAUCUUUGCAAAUUAUUGAAUCUGGCAAAGACAUGGAGGUGGACGCUAGUGCCAGCAUUCUAUCCCCAAUUCUAUCUAUCCAAGGCUCUUUUCCAUCGA